AAAUCGCCGGAUGUGGCAUCCUGCCGGAACAAAACACAGGACGGACCGUCGCCGGAUGUUGCCGGUGAGCAUCGGAGGGCGGAACACUGGCGAGUGGGCGGGCCGCGCAAGCGCACGGAGCCCCGGCCACGCCGUCUUAGAGCGGGAUGCAGUGACGCCCCUCAGCGAACAUGGCAGCGGCUGACGAGCUGGCCUUCCACGAAUUCGAGGAAGCCACUAAUCUUCUGGCAGAGACCCCAGACGCAGUCACCACCAGAAGUGAUCAGCUGAGUCCACAGGGUCACGUGACUGUGGCCAUGGGCUCCAGUGUUGGCUACAGAGCCGAGGAGGAGGAGGAGGAGGAGGACAAAACAGCGCUCCUACAGGAGGAGAAGCCCCCGCCGGGAUUCUGGACCUUCGGUUAUUAUCAGAGUUUCUUUGAUGUGGAUACCUCUCAGGUCCUGGACCGGAUCAGAGGCUCACUCAUGCCCCGGCCCGGCCACAACUUUGUGAGGCACCAUCUGCACAGUCGGCCUGAUCUAUAUGGCCCAUUCUGGAUCUGCGCCACCCUGGCCUUUGUCCUGGCUAUCACAGGCAACCUGACCUUGGUGCUGGCACAGCGGAGAGACCCCUCCAUCCACUACAGCCCCCAGUUCCACAAGGUGACUGUGGCAGGCAUUGCCAUCUACUGCUACGCGUGGCUGGUGCCCCUGGCACUGUGGGGCUUCCUGCGCUGGCGUCAGAAUGUGCGGCAUCAUGUGGGGCCAUACACGUUCCUCGAGACCGUGAGCAUCUACGGCUACUCCCUCUUUAUUUUCAUCCCAACUGUGGUCCUGUGGCUCAUCCCUGUGCCGUGGCUGCAGUGGUCAUUUGGGGCGCUGGCCCUCGCGCUGUCCGCCUCAGGGCUGGUGUUCACCCUCUGGCCUGUGGUCCGUGAGGACGCUAGGCUGGUAGCCGUGGCGCUGCUGUCCACAGUGGUGCUGCUCCACGCACUCCUGGCCACAGGCUGUAAGGUCUACUUCUUCCAACCGCUGCCUCCAGAGCACGUGGCACUGCCCCCACCAGCUGCAUCACUGUCACCAAAUAUCCUCUUACCCUCCAUCUUGCCCCAGUCCAUGGCCACCUCCUAGGAAGGGGUGAACUUGCAGGUGAGGUGCCCUUUGCCCUGGGGGUGCUCCCAGGAUUCCUUCAGGCCACACCUAAGGAUAUGUCGCCUGUCCUGCUUCCAGAAAGGACUGAAACUCCCUUAACCCCUUGAGACCACUCUGCUACUCUCCAGACUUUUCUUACAAAGCAAACACUUUUAUUUUCUAUGCAAAGAUGAUCCAGAGAAUUUUUAUAAAGGCAGGGGCAACACAGCCGAGCAGGAGACUUCUGGGGAGGCCUGAGCAGCGACACAGCCUUUGCGGAGGACGGGGCCCAGCCUGUGCCCUCUCCCCCCCCAUGAAGCCCCCAGGGCGCGGAGGGCAGCCCCAGCCCAAGCGCCAGCUUCUGAGAGGUUGGGUGCUGGGAUUGAGGGGGCAGAAGAAGAAAACUGCCUGUGCUGAAA